CAUCAAUCUUAGGCGCGUCGCUCGGUUUGACGUCAGGGGCGGUGACGGGGGCUGAGAAGAGGAGCGAUGUGGGCGCGAGCCGUGCGGCUGGGGCUCUGGGCCCAGAGAGGCGGGCGCCGGGGCCUCGCUUCCGAGGCGUCUCAGCGCCCUUCGGGAAGUGGCCGCGUCUCGGCGGAGGUGAUCGAGCACCUGGAGCGUCUGGCGCUUGUGGACUUCGGCAGCCGGGAGGCCGUGGCACGGCUGGAGAAAGCCAUCGCCUUUGCCGACCGGCUCGGCGCCGUGGACACGGAUGGGGUGGAGCCCAUGGAGUCGGUGUUGGAGGACAGAUGCGUGUACUUGAGAUCUGACAACGUGGUAGAAGGCAACUGUGCAGAAGAACUACUACAAAACUCCCAUCGAGUUGUGGAGGAGUAUUUUGUGGCCCCUCCAGGUAAUGUGUCUCUGCCAAAGCUGGAUGAACAAGAGCCAGUCUUGCAUGGCUGAGCACCUCUACUGGGGAAGGGCGCCCUAUGAAUAUGUGAAAACUUGACCUCAGCAUUGUCACUGUGAACCCUAACUUUCCCACUUCCUUCAGUCACCUAAAAAAACCUGGUUAGUAUUUUUUAGUAACUAAAUCUUCUAAAGACAAAAAUUGGGUAAGAUGUAGCCUAAACAAGGCAAUAAAAGUUCCUGAUGCUAAUGGAAGUAAAAGACAUUGUUAGUUUUUAAGGAUGGAUCAAAUAUUCACAGCUCACAGGCUGCUCAGUAUGAUAGAGGUUAUUCCUUUAUCUCCUUCCAGAAAGACGCAAACUGCACUUAAGUGAAUUUUUAGUAGCUGUUUCCAUUUUAUCUUCAAGGAACACACUUGAAUUUGUUCCUAGGUGCUGUUCCCAGCAGAGGGGGUUACUUUUCUGCUCAGUUCUGGGGAACUUGGGAAUUCCUAACCUGGAACCAUUUGCCAAUCCACAAAGUGACAUACUAGCUGGGUUCUAGUUUGUUUCUGAAAAGAACUUAUAAAAAAAUAGCCCUGGGAAAGCUAACAAUAUUGUAUCGAAUACUGAAAAUUUGCUAAAAGGGUAGGGAUUAUGUUAAAUGUUCUUAUCAUAUAGAUAAAAUAAGGGAAUAGGAAACCUUGGAAGGUGAUGUAUAAUGGUUGUGUUUAUGGUCUUAAUGGUAGUGAUGAUCUCAUGGAUGUGUACAUACUUCACUCUUAAACUCACCGAGUUAUACACAUUAAAAAAGUACAGCUUUUUACCUGGUGAUAACCUGCCUAGGACAGAGUACCCUCCCCUUCCCCCCAGUGAUUACUGAAUUGAGCAGAAUCCAAGAUAGUGAGGUUUGGGGCCUCCCUGGUGGCCUAAGGUUUAGUAAGUCUCAGCACCAUCACCACUACGGCUUGAGCUCAAUCCAUCUGAGUUCAAUCCACAGCCAGGGAGCUAACCCACAUGUAGCGCAAAAGACCUCUCCUGUCUUUCCCACUGCUCCCCUUAGCAGUGUAUUUCAGUAGAUCUGUCUGUUCUGCUCCCCACUGUCUCUGGUGAAUAUUCUUACUCCCCCCCCGCCCCCACCUCUGGCCUAUACCCUAGUUCUACAUUAAAAAAUAAGAUAGUGGGAUUUUGGAGUUUCUUUUGUUUUAAAAAGCUCAGAUGCCAAGGAUAAAUGAGACAGAUUUACAGGUAAAAGUGACAGAACCAGAACCUAAGAGAUUUUUUUUCUUAACCAAACUGCCAAAGUUGGUUUUUGCUAAGAAUUUCCCAAUAACCUUUACGCUGUUAAGAAUGUUUCUAUUCAUUGAACCUAUUUGCAAUGCUGGUUUUUUUUUUGUUUUUUUUUUUUUUAAAGGCAACUUAAGUUACAAGCUUGACCUUCAGUUAUUAAAAAAACCUUGAACCUGCCGUUGGGGUUGAAUUCUCAAACCACAUCACAGUAAAUAUCUUUAUCCCUAAAUAAAGCUUUCCACUCCUAUUCCUUAACCAAUUGGAUACAAGCUUCCACUACAACUCAGCAAUUUUCUUUUUGAAUCAGUGUUCCUACUGGGUGAAAUUUAUGAACUUAAUCAAGGACAACCACACAUAUCAAUUACUAAACGUUUAAAAUAUAUUUCUAAACAGAAUGGGCCGACUUAGUCACAGUAACUGCUGAUCUCCAUAGCAGAGCAACCCACAGAUACAGCACUGAUUUGUUUCCCAUAAUCAGAGGUGAAAAAUAUACAACUUGCUUCUGAACCAAAACCACAAUCUCUGCAGUUUAAAAUGUUUUACUGCUAAUAUGGCCCUGGUAGAAA